AUGUCUCCUUACUUAUUUGUGCUUUGUAUGGAAAGACUUGCUUGCUAUAUAUCUCAUAAGGUGGUCGAGGGUGUGUGGAAACCAGUUUCUGUCACUAGGGGUGGCCCAAAAUUUUCUCAUUUGAUGUUUGCAGAUGAUCUCUUACUCUUCUAUCAGGCUACAAAGAGUCAGGUCCAAAUGGUCAUGCAUUCUCUUAACAUUUUUUGCAAGACAUCUGGCAUGAAAGUGAAUCUUGAAAAGUCUAAAGCUUUUUGUUCUAAAAAUGUGACUGCUCGUAGAAGAGAUAUUUUUACUAGUGUUUCUUCAAUUCGUUUUGCUUUGGACUUAGGAAGAUAUCUUGGAGUUAACCUUAAUCAUUCCCGUACCAGUAAGGCCUCUUUUCAUUCACUGGGUGUUAGAGACCCUGCGUGUGUUAAUAUAUCUUUACUUGGUAAAUUGGUGUGGCAAUUUUUUUAUUGUCAGGACAAGCCUUGGGUUGCUCUAUUGAGGGCGAAGUAUCUGAGGAAUGAGGGAGUUUUAGAUGGCCCUGUCCCUUGCAAUGCUUCUCAUGUUUGGAAGAGUAUCUCAAAGGCUUUUGGUGCUCUUAAGGAUGCCUUCUCUUGGUGCGUUGGGUCACUUGAUCAAUCUUUUUGGUUUGACAAUUGGAGUAUUGAGGGCCCAAUUGCUCAAGAUGUCCCUUUUGUACAUAUAUCUGACUCUGAUUUAACUAUUAGAGACGUUUGGAAAGAUGGUCAAUGGAAUCUCCUUGAUAUUUUCUCUAUCAUUCCAGAAGAUGUCAAACAGUGUUUGAAUGCUUAUAAUCCGGAUUUGAAUGCUGGAGAGAGUUCGGGUUGGUCGUGGGGUGUGGCAUCUUCUAGACUCUACUCAGCUAGGAGUGGUCUUCACAAUGCUAUUCCUACGGCAGAGUUUCGUUUGGGUCGUGGUUUAGCUUUAUCUAGCACCUGUCAUCGGUGUCAGAAUGGUUCUGAAUCCAUUCUUCAUUGUCUUCGGGAGUGCCCUAGUGCCAAGGAGGUCUGGAACCUUUUAGGCCUGUAUUCAGAUAACUCGAAUUUAGAUGAUUGGCUCUACAGAGGUGCAAGAAGUGGAGAUGUUUUUCUUUUCUUUUCGACCAUCUGGUGGAUUUGGAGAAGAAGGAAUCAUGACUUAUUUAAUAUAGAUGAUUCAUGGAGUGCUAGUAAAGUGGUGAGUUUGAUUCGUAGUUCAGUAAGGGAGUUUCACACUAUUUUUGCUAUGCAUCAAUCUCUGUCUCCUCCUUCACUUUGCUUGCAUUGGGUUCCGCCUCCAGUUCAUUCUGUUAAAUUGAAUUGUGAUGCUAGUUGGUUUGCUCCUUCUGGCUAUGCUGGUUUUGGUUGUAUCAUUCGCAAUCCUGAUUGA